GUUCCCUUCAGAGGUAAAUAAUAGCGCCAUGAGAUUUUUCGAGUUGGCAACUGUGGCACGGCGGGUGUGUCAGUAGUCUAUUGCCUACUCAUGUUGAGCAACGUAUAGAAAUUCUGUCUCUUGUGAUUCAAAACUGGUAACAUUCCAGAAUAUUACCCCAACGGACUGUGUACGAAUUUAUACAGCAAAUGGAGGGCCAAGACGUCAAUUCGAAGGAUGAGAUGUUACCUGUCGAUGGUCCAGGCUGGUCGUACGUAGACGGGGUCCUGCACUGCGACGGCAUGUCAUUGGAGGACUUGCGGAGGUCCCUGAAGAGGAAUUACGGCCAUCAGGGGUCCCCAGCCCACAUCUAUUCCCACUCAACUUUGGUUGCCAAUGUUAAGAAGUACACGAAUGCACUGUCUCCUCUUGGAGAACGUGGAGUAUUGUCGUAUUCCCUGAAGGCCAAUAACAACUUGCGGGUGUUGGAGGCGCUGAGGCAGGCGGGCGUUAACAUGGCAACCACGGUUAGCGGGAAUGAAAUCCUAAUGGCAAUGAAGGCGGGGUUUGCUGCAACAAAUAUAAUCUAUAACGGAACCGGUAAAAGAAGGUGGGAGGUGGAACUGGCGAUCAAGUAUGGAGUGCUGCUUAAUCUCGACUCUGAAUUCGAUGCCCGGUUGAUCGCGGACGUGGCCAGGGAGAUGGGCGUGAGGGCGAGGUGUCUCUUCCGCCUGAAUCCAGCCCUGAAUGCGAACACCCACCCGUAUCUGGCUACCGCCCUCGCCGAUUCCAAGUUCGGGGUAGAAUUUCACCAGCUGGAAAAGGUAUUGCAGGCCGUGCGCACAGGCGAGAGUGGAGGCGAGGAACACGUAACUGUCGAGGGAGUGCACAUUCAUGUCGGAUCUGCCGUCUCGCGCACGCAGGUAUACGCAGACAUUGCAAGAGCCGCCGCGCGCACGCUGCGUGAG